AGCACAUCGGGCUAAAGUGGAAAUUGGGUGCUUUCAGAUUUUAAUAGCUUAUUGUAAUGAAAUUUUAAGUAUAGCUUUCCAUUCAUACCUCUCCACCUAAUUGAAUGAGUCACUUCACAUUGGACUGAGGUUAAAAUUCACCGUAGACAUUUCGGUUAAAUGUUGAGUUACCGCUAGAGCACUUCGCUCACGUUCCUGCGGAGUUGAAUUUUUAUGAAGCAUGGCGUUUGAUUACGGCGAAGAGCAUGGUAUGCUAUUUUUGUCUCUGACUGUCCAAUCCUUAACGUUAUACAGGUCCUCAUACAUGGGUGUUGCAGUUUCCGGAUGCUGGUGGCAAACAACAAUCUCCUAUUAACCUCAUAACGUCUAGUAUGACUGAAGACCCGAAACUUGGACCUCUGACGUUAAUGGACGGCGGAAUUUCCAAACAAAACGUUAUAAUGAAAGUGCAUAACUUCGAAGUUGCCGUAGAAGGACUCGGAGUUUUGAAGGGCGGACCGCUAAAGUCAGAAUACAAACUUGUUCAGUUCCAUUUUCACUGGGGAUCUGGAAAUACGUGGGGUUCCGAACACUUGGUGAACGGAGUGAGCAGUCCAUCGGAAGUGCAUUGUGUCUUCUUCAAAGAAGGAUAUGGAUCAAUACUAGACGCGAUGAAGCACCCCGAUGGCAUCGCUGUCUUGGGAUCAUUUUUGCAGCUAGGGAAGGACGGGAAUCCAAUUUUUGAACGUUUGCUCAACAACCUCGUUGGCCUGAAGGCUGGUGAGAAGAAAUCAGUGAACCCCGUAAUAAAACUGUCAGAGUUUCUUCCAAGAAACCUAUCGAAAUACUACACAUAUCCGGGGUCUCUGACAACGCCUCCGUGUUCUGAGUGCGUUACCUGGAUCAUCUUGGAUGAGCCGAUACUUAUCUCGCAAAAUCAGCUCGAUCGGAUGCGCAAAGUUCAUGAGGGAUGUUCCAUCUGUGGACGCACAGACAACUAUCGUCCGAUCUGUCCUAUCGGGAAACGCCAAAUUUUUUGUUCAUUUUCCUGCUAACCAUAUCGUUAACGAGUAGCAAGUUAACUAAAACGCGCCUUAGAGAUUAGAUUUUGUAUUCCUUUGCUCUUCAUCAGUAUUUUGCCUACGUUAUAUCAUUCCGCCUUCGUCUAGCCCUAAGUCGGCUGUGAUUCAAUGUUGUCUUCAUAUUCUCAUUGCUCUCACUUAAGUCACGCUUCAUUCUGUGUUAGCAAUGCAAGUAAAAUAACUGAGAUUGGAUCGCCU